AUGAGCUUCCUAAAGGCCAAUUUCCGAUCUUCUGUAGGAGCUGCACGACAGGCCGACCAUCUCCGCAGGAAGAAGGCUUCCCUCGAGGUUUCUCGCGCGCUGAACCAUCCUGCCGAGGUGGUUAAGCGUGACAACAAGUAUGCGGUGGUGUCUGCAGUCGCGCCUACACAAACAAACAGCGUAGGAAUCAACCAAGAUGGGACCGAUUUCUCCUACUUCAUUGAGGCAGGAAUUGGUUCGGCCUCAACGCCUCUGUUCUUGCUUAUCGACACGGGAGCAGGCACCAGCUGGGCUAUGGGCUCAGGGUGCAAGUCUACCGCGUGUGGGAUGCACAAUUCCUUCGGUCCUGAUGACUCGACGACAUACAAGGAUUCAUCCCACGUCUUCUCGAUAGCAUAUGGAUCCGGAUCUGUAGCGGGCACAUUAGCUGAGGAUUCCAUCUCAGUUGCCGGCCUGAAAGUCACCAUGACUUUUGGCAUUGCCAAUACCACGUCUGAUGAUUUCACACAUUUCCCCUUCGACGGCAUACUCGGUCUUUCCAUGAACAAGGGUGCUACAGAUAACUUCAUGGCCUCUAUCAAGGAAGACAAUCUGUUGGGCUCGAACAUCUUCAGCGUGGCAUUGAGCCGCAACUCGGACGGCCAAAACACGGGAGAAAUUACGUUUGGUGCUACCAAUCCUGAUAAAUUCACCGGAGACAUUACAUACACAUCUGUCUCGUCCGGGAGCAACGGCGACUGGGCUGUACCCAUGGACGGCUUGUCUUACGAUGGCAAGGAUGCAGGGAUCAGUGGCAGACUGGCUUACAUUGAUACCGGUACUUCAUAUGUCUUCGGUCCUCCCGACGAUGUUGCUGCUAUCCACAAAGUCAUUCCCGACGCAUCCAGCUCCGACGGGAUCACAUUCACCGCUCCUUGCGAUACAGACAAGCCAAUCACCGUCACGUUCUCCGGCGUCAAGUACACCAUGUCCCGAAAGGACUGGCUUUCCGCCCCUUCCGGUUCUGGGGUUUGCACCAGCAAUAUCUACGGCCACGAAGUCGUCAAGGGCUCGUGGUUGCUUGGGGACCUCUUCCUCAAGAAUGUCUACGCCGUCUUCGACGUAGACAAGACUCGUAUUGGUAAGGUUCCCUUGAUUGUGUCAUACCAUCAACAGCACUAA